GCCAAAAAAGCGGCGGAGGCGAAGCUGACUGACCUCCGAAAGGCUGAGGCCAAGCGGAAGGCCAAAUGGCGUGCCAACAAAAAGAUCAAGGCCGCCGAGGCCAAGGCAAAGGCCAAGGAACGAGAAGUUCUCCGCAGGGAGAUGGAGGCCUUGGCCAAGCGGCCCAUCUUGGAUGAG